ACAAAACAGCCAUUACUGUGGUUCGUUUCUCUCUCUCAUCCUCCGCCACAUAGAAACCCACUUUCUCUCUCUAAAGGCAGAAUUCGAAUGUAGAGAGCAGCAUCAACUCUGUGGUAGAUUCCGAUGCCCCGCUCUCCGCCGACAGCCCUAUCACCGCCGGCGAAGGUUUCAUCUGAGUUCUAGGGUUUUUCAUUCGUUACAGCAAUUGGGGAAUUCUGAAGCGUGGUUGCAGGAACUCGUUAUAGCUAGGGUUGUUUUAUUUCUAGGAUCGGCUUGGAGUAUCUAUAUCUAGGGUUUUGAUGGCUCCAGGGCGUAAGCGUGGAUUUAAAGGAGUGAAGACGAUGACCGACUUAAGUCUAGGUGAUCUUGUCCUUGCUAAGGUCAAAGGCUUCCCUCCUUGGCCCGCUAAGAUUAGCAAACCAGAAGAUUGGGAUCGAGCUCCUGAUCCUAAAAAGUAUUUUGUCCAGUUCUAUGGUACAGAGGAAAUAGCAUUUGUCGCCCCAGCAGAUAUUACGGCAUUUACCGUUGAUAUUAAAAAUAAAGUGUCAGCUCGAUGUCGGGGUAAAACAGUAAAAUAUUUUGCCCAGGCAGUGAAGGAAAUCUCUGAAGAAUUCGAAGAGUUACAGCAGAAAGAUUCAAGUGUUUCAGGAGAUGAGACCUAUAAAACAGCUCCAGGCUGUGGAAUAGCUUCUGUUGAAAGCGUGGAUGUUGCUGAUGAGUUGGACCAGAUGGAUGGGGAUAAAAAGUCUGAGCAAGAAACAGAUAUCAAAAGCCUGGUAGAGGGAUCUGGGUUAGAGCGCUGCUCAACGAUAAAAAAUGAUCCAGCUGAUUUCGUUUCACAUGCUUCAGAGGGUAAUUUGCCUCCAUCAGUUUCAUCUAUAAAGAAGGUUUCAAUUCCCAGUAGGACUUCUAAUUCAGGGAAGGAGUUGGCUUCAUUGCCUAAUCUAGAAAGCACUCAUGAUCACCUAAAAGAGGACAGCAGAGAUCCUGAGGAGCAUGAUAAGCAAUUGAUCCACAAGGAGAACUUGAGAACUGCUGAGAGGAGUCGUUUUCCUGAUCCAGAUCUUCCUCCUUCUACAUCAUCUGAUGAUGUGAAGCAUCUUGAUGGUGGUCGGAAGCAACUGGCAAAUGGACACAAAGCAAUGCUGGCUAAGAGAAAGCCUGGGGGUGGACAUGAAGUGCAAAGAAUUAGUGAUACUACCAGUGAUCUGAGUGUUAAAAAAGCAAGUACAAAAAAGUUAGUGCCAGAGGUUAAGUCAGGUACUAAUGGUAGGAAAAAGGCAAAACAACAGGAUGAUAGAAAACCUGAAACGGCGGAUGCUGCUGUCGACCAUAUUGAGGAGAAGAAAUUUCAGUUGUCUAGCAAGAAAUUGAAAGUUGAACCUGGACAGAUGUUGCGACGCAAUGAAAUAGCAGAUCCUUCUAAGAAGAUAAAAUGUGCUGAUGGGGCCAUUGAUGCCACCAAGGUGAGCAGAAGUUAUGAUGAGGCUAAAGUGGUGAAAUCAGAGGUUAAAAAAUCAACACCACUGGGAAGAGCCGAGGAUCGCACUUCGCUGAAAUUGCAUGAACUCGCUAUUGGUUCAAAUGAUUGUGGUGAAGAAGAUAUUCUCCCACCAUCAAAGCGCCAUCGACGGGCAAUGGAGGUUAUGUCUAGCUGUUCUACUGUUCCUCAACCGCCUACGAAGCGGAGAGCUGUCCGUUUGUGUGAGGAUGAUGCAAAUGAGGAGCCCAAAACUCCAAUUCACGGAGGAUCUAUUAAGAGGAAUGCCAUUUCUCGUGCCCCUAAUUCGGUAAAGAAGCCUGACCUAUCUAUUGGAACAGCUAGUAAUGACCAACUGAGUGUGAAAGGUUCAGGCACGAUUGAGGAUAGCACCAUCAAGGAACAUGCACCAUCUGUCAGACUACACAAAGAACUCUCUCUGCGUACUUCUCAGAAAAAUGUGGAGAAAAAGCGUAUACCUACUGAUACAAGUGUUUUGUGUAGUCCUGGGAAAUUGGGAGCUCCGAAAACAGCUUCUAGGGAAGGUAAAACUGAUACUGUGUCGCCCAAAAAGUCCCCUGGGUUCACUGCCAGACCAGUCUCAGAGCCGCAAAAAGGUGUUAAACUACAUGGCAAACCACAGGGUGAUCAUCGAAAAUUGGUAGCUGAAUCUAAUACAGCCAAUAUUACUGGUGCUGAUAACUUAAUUCCUUCUCAUGAUCAACCUAUUAAUGAAAGAAUUAAGAUGGCUUCUACCAGUGAAUGGGAAAAAACAACCCCAAGGUCUAGUUCCUCGAUGACUGAACCUGCUCUUGUGCCUGGUAAUCCUGUUGAAAGCGUAUCCACGCAAGCGGAAAGGCUGGAAGCUGUGAGAGAUGAGAAGCUUAAUUCUUUGAUAGAAUCCAAAGUUCUGGACCCGGAAAUGUCCAUGAAACAUCUUAUAGCAGCUGCUCAGGCUAAAAGACGGCAAGCUCACUUACAGAGCAUUCAUGGUAAUACCCUUGCUGCUGUGGCCCCAUACACUGAACCACAGGGAGGGAGCCCCUAUCAAACUCUUGGUUCUCAACCAUUAAGCUCUGGCAUGCUGCAUCCCGAAGUACAAGUUUUAUUUUCUCGCGCAUCUCCUUCAUCUGAGAUUCGGCAAUUUGCAUCGACAAAUCCACCUGAGCCUGAAGAAAAUGAGGAGAAGAGAGUAAGUUUAGGCCUGGGGGCCGCUGGGGGCUCACUCAGCGGUGGUACUGAGGCAGCUGUUGCUCGUGAUGCUUUUGAAGGAAUGAUAGAAACAUUAUCACGGACCAAAGAGAGUAUCGGACGUGCAACUCGUCUAGCGAUUGAUUGUGCAAAGUAUGGCAUCGCUAAUGAGGUCGUGGAACUUCUUAUCCUGAAGUUGGAAAAUGAACCUAGUCUUCAUAGCAGAGUGGACCUGUUUUUUUUGGUGGAUUCUAUAACUCAGUGCUCUCAUAGUCAUAAAGGCAUAGCAGGAGCAUCAUAUAUUCCGGCUGUUCAAGCAGCAUUACCUCGUCUUUUGGGAGCUGCUGCUCCUCCAGGAGCGGGUGCCCGGGAAAACCGUCGUCAAUGUCUCAAGGUUUUGCGAUUAUGGCUUGAGAGGAAAAUAUAUCCUGAUUCUCUUCUUCGCCGUCAUAUGGAUGAUAUUGGUACAGCGAAUGAUGAUUCAUCUGGUGGUUUAUCCUUUAGACGGCCAUCUCGAGCUGAGCGUGCUAUUGAUGAUCCUAUUAGAGAGAUGGAAGGCAUGCUUGUUGAUGAGUAUGGCAGCAAUGCUACAUUUCAGUUGCCUGGCUUUUUAUCUUCUCACGUCUUUGAUGAGGAGGAAGAAGAAGAAGAUGCUCUUCGUAAUUUGCAAAACGAAGCUGCUGAGGAAUUAGCAUUAGAACGUACACCUGCAACAGGGGAUGAUGCUGAAAGAUAUAUGGUCACUCCUAGUGACAGGCGUCAUUGUAUCUUGGAGGAUGUGGAUGGCGAGCUUGAAAUGGAAGAUGUUUCUGGUCACCCAAAAGAUGAAAGACCUUUGUUUGCAGAUGAUGCGAACCUGUCUGGCUCAGAUAGAACACUGCAAUCAGCUUUAGAUAAUAUAUCUGAUUUGCCUCCUCUACCUAUGGGAUCCCCACCAUUACCUCCUUGUUCUCCUCCACCCACCCCACCUUUGCCUUCCUCACCCUCUCUAUCACCGGCUCCACCUCCACCUCCAUCAUCUCCAUUGCCACCUCCACCACCACCCCCACUUCCUCUAUCACAACCCCCAGUACCUCCAUCUCAGCCACAUCCUUUCCCUCCACUGCCCGCUGGACCACCUCCGCUAAUGUUCCCUCAACCUUCUUUUCCACUCCAACAUGAAGUGGGGACACAACACUUACGCUCUCUCGCUCCAUCAGUACCAUCGCCAUCACCUGUAGUGGCAUAUCCGCAACCUCCUCUUGCAAACGAAGUUGGUAGCAUACCUAAUAGUCAUCGGCUACCACAGGUAGCUGGAAAUAUGCCUCAUGGUCCUCGUGUCAAUGCUCCUAUGAGGAAUGAGGUAUUCCCAUCGCAACCACCUUCUUUUACACCAGCAGGAAUUAGUAAUUCACGGGAACCUUCUGGAUAUAGUUCACGGCCUUUAGAAUAUGGUUAUAAUGAUGCAUAUAUAAACCCACCACUUCCUCAGUCCAUGCAGAAAUUUCAACCUGGUAAUGCGCCUUUUGCCCCAAGGCCCAUGCAUCUUAACCCUCCACAUCAAAUCCCCUCCAAUAGUUUUUCGUAUCCAAGGGCCCCAGUGCAGCAACAUCCACAGCAAGCAUAUCCUGCACCAUGCUCAUUACCAGAGCGCCCUGAUGGAUCAAGGCGUUUUAUUGGCGAUGAACAAUGGAGGAUGCAACCCAAUGAGUUCAAUGGUGAGCACCAGCGCGGUAUGUGGAUUGGUGCAGGAAGAUCAUGCCCUGGUCCAGCUAUUGCUCACGAAGGUUAUUUCAGACCACCUGAUAGACCACCUGUGAUUAAUGUUGGAUUCCAGCCUUCUGGAUCAAAUGCUUUCCCUACUGGUCCUCCAAUUUCAGGUCAUGGAAUGCCUUGCCGACCGGAUGUAACUUCCCUCAACUGGAGGCCAGCAUGAGAGUCGUUGGUAGUUGGUUUUGAUCUUCGGUGAGUUUUUGGUUUGUCAGGAUUUUUAUUUUGGGAGAGGACUUAGUUGACGUAUCUGCACAACUGAGCUUUGUGCAGUAGCUAAUGGUGACUCAAGUAGGAUACAGGACUGGUAUCUGGACAAAAGACAGUCAUUAGAGCAAUUGCUGUAAAGUUGGGUGACCCUUGGCAGGAUUUUGUACUAUUGUAAUUUUCCUGACAAAUGCAUCUCACAGACAUAAUACUUAACAAAGUGUAUUUACGGAAGAUUGCUAGAGAAUGCAGCAUUAUAGCCCUUUAUUGGUCAGCAUUACAAUAAGAUCUAACUGAUCCUGGCAGAUUGUUCUGCUGCAAAAUUCUGAGGUAAUUGUGUAGUCAGAUCCCUGAACUGUAGCAGUGCCACUGCUUCCUUUUUUGUCCAUUCACCACAAAAUGGCGGUCAUUUUUGUGAAACUACAUUUGCAGUUCAUAUGUGGUGGUAGUUUUUUUUUAAAGAAGAGUUGAUAGUUUGACCAAGAAUGUACAGCUUAUGUAAAAUUUUCAUGUAUAUGUCAUUGGAUGGAGUUACAAUUUUGGGAAAAAUGGUAAUUCUGUAAAUAAUUCGAAAUAUUAGAUGAGCAAGUAGGAUAUCUAGAAUAUUUAUCUUUUCCACCCUCAAAUCCUUGCACUAUGCUGUUUGAUUGACCAAUCGACAUCAUGCAAUCUGCUUUAGUAAGGUUUUUUUAUUUUCUUGGGAUUUUUCAGCAAUGAUUUUGUGUUGCGGAUGUUAAUCUAACACACAUCUGAGCUUCAUUAGUUGCAACUGUUCAUGUACGUUGACUGGUGUACAUGUCCAAACCAUCAUGUUGUAUUUGGAAGUUUGAGUAUUCUUCAUUAUUAUAAUCAUCACUUUAGGAUGUUAUUCAUGGAGACUCUGGUAACUUUCGGGUUAUGUUUGUUAAAAUAUGAAGUGCUUUGACUCUCUCUCACUGCUGUUGAGUGCUGAAUGUUUAAUCAUAAGCUGACAGUCCUAUGAUCUGUGCUGAUCUUGAAAGAAUACGAACAUGGUUGUAUUAGUCAUAAAAAAUCAUGACUUCUGGAUAAGAUGAAGGUAAUAAUGCCCUGAGUGAGAGUUGAGAAAGGAGAAACGUUAAGGUUGGGUGGUGGGAAAGCAAAUUCGAAAGUAUUGCAUCUGUGUUCACCUACUUAAAAAAAAUAAAUGAAAAGAUGUGUCUGGGGCAAGAAAAUUUGCUGUUUCAGCAGUGGUUGUUGAAGACUAGCUUCUUGAAAGCUUUACCAGAGUUGCAUUUUAUCUGUUGGAAAUUAAUUUUUCUUUUUGGUGCUGAGAAAAUAAGGACAGAAAAAAGAACGAAAUUGUAGCAAAUCUUUUUGCUGUACGUUUCUUCAUUUUUUGUGAUGAUACAUGUGAAGUGGAAGAAUGUUGUAGCUGAGGUGGACAAUCAAGACUCGAUGCUUGGACCCAGACUAACAGAAAACAGUGCCCUCUAAAAGGGUCAUGCAUUCAUCGAGACAAGGUGGUAUGGACGUUUUCUACUUAUGUUCAAGUUGAAGCAAAUAAAUAUCGGUAUUUUAUCUUACAGUGAUUAUGAUUGGAAUCUGUUGCCAUGAUAUAUCCAAAUAUUUUGGUGAAA